AAAGCUUUGCCUACACCAGCACCAUCACCAGUCUCCAGUGAGGGGUGAACACGUAAACAUCACUCAAGAUGAUGCAGCUCGGCGGUCGCGUGGUGGCGGUGGUGCUGUUGGUGGUGACGCUGGUACAAGCUGAGCCUUCCUUCCGGAGACGACAGCGCUGCUACCCGAAGACCCAAUACGUUACCCAGUACCAGACGCAGUACAGCGAGGUGCCGGUUUACCACACGCAGUAUGAGACGAGGGUCGUGCCUACCACACUCUACCAGACCCAGUACCAGACCCAGUACCAAACCCAGUAUGAAACCAAGUACGUCCCGCAUUACGUCACCCAGACCCAGUACCAGACCCAAGUCCAGUACGUCACCAAGUACCAGACCCAGUACCAGACGCAGUAUGUGCCCCGCUACGUCACCUCCACCCAGUACGUGCCGCAGUACGUCACCCAAACCCAGUACCAGACCCAGUACGUGACGCAGACCCAGUACCAAACGGUGUAUACGACCGAGUACCGCCCCCAGUACGUCACCACUACCCAGGUCCAGUACCAGACCCAGUACCAGACCCAGUACCAGACCCAGUACCACACCGUCACCCAGACCCAGCAAUCCUACGUGACGGUGUGUCCUAAGCCUUCCUACGGUAGCGGCUACUAGCGGCGCUCCACUCACACUCAGAUCCUUCGUUAUCCUUCAAGGGCUUCCAGUAAUCCCUCAAGGCAUUCUUCAAGGACCUCCAGCAAUCCUUCAAGAGCUUCGAGGUAUCCUACAAGACCUCCGAGUUAUGAUUCAAGGACUUCCGGUUAUCUUUCAAGAGCUUCGAGUUAUCCUUCGAGGCAUUCUUCAAGGACCUCCAGUAAUCCUUCAAGAACUUUGAGGUGUCCUUCAUGAGCUUCGAGUUAUCCUUCAAGGGAUUCUUCAUUCUUCAAGGACUUAAGAGUUACCCUUGAAACGGUCCAAAAUCCUUCGAGCACUUAAGUCAUUCCUUUAGCACUUCCAGUCACCCACGCACCUCACACAGAACCGCAUAGACUUACGAAGGAUAAAAAACAGCAGCAGGUCCUUCUUUAACUGUCAAAUUCCAUUCCAUCCCUCUACACUUACUAUUAGUGGAACCAAACUACUAAUAGGGUUUUUUUCAAGUCACACUCAACACAAACAUCCUACACUGGGCUAGAGAAUGAAAAAAUGAGAGAAAAGAUGUGGAAAAAAAAAAAAACUUGUUAUGUGCAAUGCCCGUCUCCCGGCCACCUAGUCUGUACUUCUUUGUGAUGAAUAAACGAUACAAACGUGA